GCGAUUCCAACUCCAACUCCAACUUCAACUUUAUCAAUUGACUCAUAAUGAGAACCGCUACGAUAUCUAGAGACACCAACGAAACCAAAAUUCAGAUCGCUUUGUCGUUGGAUGGAGGACAUGUGGCUCUUGAAAAGUCGUUGUUUGUACAAAGUGGCUCUAAAUCUGAUGAGCACGCUACCCAGGCCACCUCUUCGCAGGUCAUCAACGUACAAACUGGUAUUGGGUUUUUGGACCACAUGUUGCACGCGUUGGCAAAGCACUCGGGCUGGUCACUUAUAGUGGAGUGUAUUGGAGACCUCCACAUCGAUGACCAUCACUCGGCGGAAGAUGUGGCUAUCGCGUUGGGAAUGGCCUUCCACAAGGCGUUGGGUCAAGUGAGAGGUGUCAAGAGAUUUGGAACUGGAUUUGCCCCGUUAGACGAAGCUUUGAGUCGAGCGGUAGUGGAUCUUUCCAACAGACCGUAUGCGGUGAUCGACUUGGGUUUGAAGAGAGAAAAAAUUGGGGAUUUAUCGUGUGAGAUGAUUCCUCACGUUCUUGAAAGUUUUGCCCAAGGAGCCGCCAUCACCUUACACGUUGAUUGCUUGAGGGGGUUCAACGAUCACCACCGGGCCGAGAGUGCCUUCAAAGCAUUAGCAGUGGCCAUUAAGGAAGCCAUUUCAAGUAACGGGACCGAUGAAGUACCUAGUACUAAGGGAGUUUUAUUUUAGGAAACACCAGUUUCUAGAACAAGUACCCCCCAUAUUUCAUCAGACUCUAGUUGGGAUCUUAAGUUCUACUUCCCCAGCUUGUACACUAUUAAAUAUAUUUAUUGAUAAGCUCAAAGACCCUACAAAUAUCUCAUCGCGGUGCGAAAAGAAUCUCUCGCAGUACCAUGUUGAAACAAAGCGUCAGAUACGUCUCCAACGUGAGAAGAUCCUUGGGAGCUUCCAAGGCUCAGAGCAGAGACAAGCGCACCACAAUAGAUAGGUAUCUUCCCCAAGAUCCCCCAAAGAAAGAGAAAGAAUGGGAAAAAAGGGGUGUCUCCAAAGACGAAUUUUUCACAAAGAAGUACAGCUUCAUGAGUGAUUGGGGCAAACAGAAGCUUGAGCACAAAAUAUCUAGAGAGCAACGGUUCAAGUCGCACAAGAGAGAGCAUGCCCGGAUGCAAAGAGACGACGAUCGAGAUCACCGGGAUUCAAGAACUCAGCGAUCAGAUAACUACCGGGACUCCAGACCCCAACGAUCAGAUAGCUACCGCGACUCGAGGUCCCAAACGUCAAACGAUUACCGAGGCUCGAGAUAUGACGAUUUCGAAAAACACUCCAUCCUCGAUAAUGCACUCUUGGAAUAUGUGUACGGCAGACAUGCAGUUUUGUCGGUUUUGAAGGCCAAAAAAAGACAGCUGUAUGAGAAGUUGGUGUACACUGAAGGGAAGACACCAAUAACCGAUAUUCUUAGCAUGUGCAAGAAGUACGGUGUUCAAACCGAAUUGGCUGCAAGUAAGCAGCAGCUCGAUUUCCUCACCAAUAAAGCGGUGCAUAAUGGAGUUGCGUUGGCCACCCGCAAGCUCGAACUCCCUACGUUGGCCAAGCUCGGCCCCCAUGAUGCUGAAACCGGCACGUACAACCUCGACAUCUGGAACGAACUCUACAACGCCCAAACCACUAUCCACAAACAGGUACAACGGUCGUCCGAGGAAUCGAGAAAUCCAUUGGCACUUUACUUGGACGAAAUUACCGACCCCCAAAACGUUGGGGCCAUUAUCCGGUCUGCCUACUUCUUCGGAGUGGACUUCAUUGUCACCCCAUCACACAACACUGCUCGCCUUGGACCCGCUGCUGCCAAAGCUGCUGCUGGAGCUCUUGACUUGAUGGACAUCUACCAGGUUGAGAACGGCUUGAAGUUCAUUCGAGACGUUAAAGAGAGUCCCUGGGCCCUUGUGACCACCGAAGUAAAGGAAUCCACGAAAACUAUCACCCACAGUCAGCUUUCAGAUAUUCUUGUGGAUGCUCCGGUUCUUCUUGUGUUGGGUAGUGAAGGUAGUGGUGUGCGGACCAACAUCAAGAACUUAUCAGAUUUCUACGUCAGACUUUCGAAGAACAGAACAGACUCCGAUGCCGUGGUCGACUCACUUAAUGUGAGCUCCGCCGCCAGCGUAUUGAUAUCGAGCUUUAUGCGGUAGUUUGAAUAACUUGUAUAUACAAAUUGCUCAUGUGAAUGUUCCUUGUAUAUAGAAGCUGCUCAUGUGAAUGUUGGGCUGCGAAAAUAUAAUGCCAGAAAAACAUCUUGUGAUUUACUCCAAUUAAUUAUAUCUCUUUUAAUUAUUCAUAAUGGUCGAAUAUCACCUUGUUGUUUUGGUGCACGGGCUUUGGGGAACCUCCUCCCAUAUGGCGUAUGUUAAGUCUCAAAUUGAGCAAGAAGCUAAAUCAAGAGCAACCAAGGAAAAGAUUGUAUGCUACAUCACCGGAUCACACAGCGGAUUUCUCACGCACGAUGGGAUUGACGUGAAUGGGAAACGGAUUUGUGAUGAGAUUCUCGCAAAGACCCAAGACUUGACCGUAGACAAGGAUAAGGUUACCAAGUUUUCCAUAGUGGGAUACUCUCUUGGAGGGUUGAUAUCCCGGUAUGCUGUGGGAUAUUUGUACUCAAUUGGAUUCUUCGACAAUAUCCAGCCCAUCAACUUCACCAGUUUCUGUACUCCUCACGUAGGAGCGUUGAAUCCAGGGACAAGUUGGGGAACCAGAAUCUACAAUUAUAUUUCUCCAUACGUUUUGGCUCAUACUGGCUUCCAGUUGUUUUUGGGCGACAGGAAGAAAGAUAAGCUCCCGUUGCUUGUGUGGAUGUCAGACCACCGGUCAGCUUUUUUCAAGGCAUUGAGCAGUUUCAACAACUUGGUGCUCUAUGCCAAUGUCAUUAACGACAAGAGAACUGCCUGGUACACAGCCGCUAUUUCGUCUCGGGAUCCGUUCAAGUCGAUGAUCAACGAAAAUGCCAGUGCUUAUGUUCUUGAGUUUGUUGAUGGAUAUGCUCCAAAUGUGGUGGAUAUUUCAAAACCACUUGAAUUCAAGAGCGAACUUAAUGACAAUGUACAGCCUCCUAUUGUCAAAAGAGGCAAGAGAUCGUUGUGGAGAAAGUUCAAUUGGCUCAAGUUGAUUUACGCAGUUGUUGUUUUUCCCUUAUGGAUUUUGUACGCUCUUGGACUUGCUGGUGUACAAGCAUUCAGAAACCACAGAAGAGUAGGAGCUUUUUUUAAGGACCGAGCAAACAGCUUGGUUCAUUUGUACGAGGGUACCAAGAGCGAUACUGACUCGGACGACUGGACACUUGAAAGCUUUGAGAAAGGGGUCUCGCAGAGAAUGGAGGACCAAACUGACACUUUUGUUGAAUCUGUGUUUACGGCAAUGAACGGUGAUUCCUAUAAGAAUUACCAAGCCAGCACCGGAUCGACUAGUGGAGAGACCGGCAGUCUUGUCAACCUUAGUGGAAAGGAGCAGGAUUUUAAACUUGGCUUGAAUGAAGAUCAGGUUACUAUCAUUAAUAAUUUGAACAAGCUUAACUGGAACAAGUUCCCAGUUUUGAUUAGGAAAACCAAGCAAACACACAGAGCAGCAGUUUACCGCACGGACGACCCAGCCUUUUCAGAGGGGAAGGUUGUAGUGCAGCAGUUUGCUCAGCAGGCAUUCGAGUUUUAACAGGUUAUCAGGAGGAAAUUUAGGAAAUAUAACAUCAAUAGGAAAAUAAAAGGACGGGUCAAUGAAAAACAGCAUAUCAAUGGUCGUAUUCUUUAAUUACAUACGGAACUUUUGUUAGUUCAAUAAUUCUACAGGAAAGCGGUUCAGAUCAACUCUACAUAAUUGGCAGGAAAUAUUCCUGUCACACCAUUGUUUCUUCCUGUCCACCAAUCGUCAGUAGUAUCGGUCUUCUUGACAAUGUCAAACACAUCUCCCUUCUUGAACGCCAAAUCACCAGGUUGUUCACCUUUGAAGGAAUACAAAGCAAUGGCCUGUGAAGCAGUUGGUUUUGGAGCACCUCCAAAGUUUGGCUUGGAAGAGGUUGGAGGUCUUGAAGGACCGUUAUUCGAUAUCCUCGAGUCUCCAAGACGAGAGCCCAACCGAUCUACCUCGCUGUUUCCUCGGGAGCGGCCGUUGGUGGAUCUCCCCGUGUCGUAAAUGUCGUCUUCCCAUCUCGAGUUGGUUUUGGAAUUGGUCCUCAAACUAUUCGAAGGUUGCCUUCUUGCACCUCCACGAGAAGAUCCACUCCUUCCAUAGUCACGAUCUUCGUCCGAAUACUCAUCCAGGUACUCGUCCGAGUACCUUCUACGGCUGGAGGCGGUUCCAGCACGUCUUCUUGAAGAAGGAGACGCGGUGGUAGAAUCUGAGAAAUUGUCGGGAAUAUCGUCAUAGUAGUCGUCAUCAUAGUCGUCAUCAUCAGAGGGCAACCGGUUGUUGAAAGCCCGACUUUCCAAUACCCUCAUCAAGCUAUCACAGGCAGGAGGGGCUUCUACACGGCCACUCAAAAUGUGUCUGGCCUUGCAAUCUUCUCCGUAAAACUUUCUGUUAGCUUCUCUUCUCUCCACGAUAGCCGAACCUUCCAAAGAAACACCGGCAAAUAAACCCUUGGUCUUGGAGUAUGCAAAAAUGGCGGCCGCUCCUUUCAACGAUGCAGUUCCCGCCCCUUCAGCGUUUCUUCCCAACGGUCCCGCCGCUACCGACACGUUGGCACCCAAGGUGACGGAUCCAAACUGAGCAAACGAGUCCACGGCGGAUUUGGUGUUCAAAAUAAACACAAAGUCCGUGAGUUCAGCACCAAUUUGACCUCCCACACCAGCACCGGCGGUGAUGAUGGCGGAAGGAGGCGACCAGGACCCGUCCGGUAAUCGGGCCACAAUAACUCCAGAGCCAGCUCUUCCAGAAAAGAGGAACCCUGCUUUCAACACGGUGAUGAUCGCCAACCCCUUGGCAUUUUUCAACACUUGUGGAGGAAUGAUUUGGUCUGGUCCCACCACCUGGUUGGGUUUGAUGAAGGACGCAAGAACCUUAGCAGCUUUUCUGGACUCGCUCUUCAAGCUUCUAGGGAUUGGAUUGUUUAUUCCCAUUUUUAAAGUU